CUCCCAGAUCUCAUCUCAUCUCUCUCUCUCUCUCUCUCUCUCUCUCCUUUGCUUCUCCAAAACCUCUAUUAACUAGGUUAAGCCCUCACUCUCUAUCUCCAUGUAUAUCUCUCCCAAGCUUUCUUCGUAGCUUACCGUAAAUUUUUACACCUUUUUGAAUGAUUUGUUUGUUCCCGACGAAGCUGCCUUCGCGUCGUUUCGUCUCCCUCCUCAAAUUUUCUAAGUUUUCUCUAGUUUCUGCUACGGUAUUUUUUUUAUGGGUGAUUUGUGAAAUUGUUUUGAGGAUAUAAGCUUUACAAUUUUGUUUAAUAAUGGAAGCUGAGGAUGGGCUUGACCUACCAGCUUCAAGCAUUUUUGGUUCUGAAGUACAGAAAAGUAGUAUUGAAUCUGGGAAUAGGUCACCUGAGGCUAAUCCUAUAGUUGGCAAUGAUGAGAACGUGAAAAGAAAUUUAGAUAUGGAGACGGAUUUGGAUCCAGUGGAAGAGAAUUUGAGAACUGUGGGGGGGCAGGAGUCUGGGGAAAUAUUAACAGAGCAGGUUGGUGACGGUAUCAAUGUGAGUGUUGAAAGUUUGGUGGUAGAUGAGAACGUGGGUAUCAAAAAGGAGACACUAAUUCAAAGUGCUACUUUGGAUGUUAGUUCAGCUAAAUCGGGUGUUAAAAGACCCCGAACAUCGUCUGACGAGCAGCAGCCUACUGUCUAUGUUACUUAUAAACACUUGACGAGAGCUAGCAAGCAGAAGCUGGAAAGUUUAUUACAGCAAUGGUCAGAAUGGGAGGCUGAAUAUACGUCCUUGGCUCAGAAUCAAGAAAAACCAUUAGAAUCUGGUGAAGAGAUAUAUUUCCCUGCCUUACGUGUUGGAUUGCAGAAGACUUCAUCUGUGUCAUUCUGGAUCGAUAACCAAACUGGCCCGAAGCCGUUGGAAGAGUUUGUUCUAGUGGAAAGUAGCACCACUCCUCUUUAUGACCGUGAAUUUGCAAUUGGUUUAAAUUCAGCAGAUGGCUCAAGAAACUUGGAAGGAGGAUUGGAGAUUAUUGAUGAUGAUCCUCCACGUUGCUUCAAUUGUGGUGGCUACAGUCAUUCCUUAAGAGAAUGUCCAAAGCCUUUUGAUCGGUUAGCGGUUAAUAGUGCUCGGAAGCUUCAGAAAUCCAAACGAAAUCAGAGUAGUAGUGGGCCCCGUCUACCAUCGAGAUAUUAUCAAAAACCUCAAACUGGAAAGUAUGAUGGCUUGAAACCCGGCACACUUGAUGCAGAGACACGUCAGCUUCUGAAUCUUGGGGAACUAGACCCUCCUCCUUGGCUUAACAGAAUGCGAGAGAUUGGGUACCCUCCAGGAUACUUAGCUCCAGAAGAUGACCAUUUGUCUGGAAUCACUAUAUUUGGAGAAGAGGUGGAGACUCGGGAGGAAAUAGAGAGUGAGGAUGGAGAAAUUUUGGAAAAAGCACCCCCUCCAGAGCCAGAAAUGAAAAAGACAGUCGAGUUUCCAGGAAUUAACGCUCCCUUGCCAGAAAACGCAGAUGAGUGGCUUUGGGAAGCUGCACCUUCACAGAGGAACAAUAGCAGAAGCGACCGAUGGCAGCAAAGAACAAGCAGAGGAAAUGAUUACAGAGACGAUGGUCCGCUUGGUGUUGAAUCAUCGAGUUAUCCUCCAAGGUAUGGCAGUAGAUAUGAUUACGGGUAUGGGUCAAAAGAUUAUAGUUCGAGAUCAAGAAGCCCGGAGUUAGAUAGAUCUGUAUCCGAAAGAAGUAAGAGGGAUUAUUCUUUUUAUGACGCUGAUUUCCGCGAGAGAGAUAGAGACAGAGAUAGAGACAGGAACAGGGAUAGGAACAGAGACUGGGAUAGGGACAGGGAUAUGGACAGAGACUGGGAUAGGGACAGGGAUGAUCGUGAUUGGUCUUAUAGGUUAAGCAGCAGAAGAUGAAACUGUGAGAUUGUUAGCUGUGUAUCAUGUAUGUGUAUGGUUAGGGUUUCCUUUUCUACAUUCUCUUUCUCUCUCUCUAAGUUGAAUUUGUUGUUGUAUCAUGUCCAUGAAAGUGGAAGCUUUUUUUUUCUUAGUUAUCAGACUUUGGGUUUAUACUUUUGACUUUUAUACUUUUUGAUUUAGUCUGCUAGAAAGGUAGUAUCUCCUCUAGCAAGUUUCUUUUGACGCA